AAUUUUUGUACAAGAAGAACAUCGUCGGUUCUCUCAAUCUCUUUUGUCCACAACGGCAGGCCGCUCUGGUUUACCGCUUAAAUACGGACAAAGUGUAGCUAACGUUAGCCGAGGAACAACAUAGUUGAGAACAUCAAGCUAGUGAACGUCAUACAGUACGUUGUUUUGGGGCACUGCUGACCGAUUGGAAACAAAGUGAAUGAAAGCUUUGCAGAACGUGAGCGACAUGAGUUCCGACGCUAAGCCUGAGCCUAAAAAAGGCAAAAUGGAGAAUGAAAGCAAAUAUCUCCCCGAGCUUCUGGCAGAAAAAGACAGCCUGGAUUCGUCAUUUACUCACGCAAUGAAACUGAUAUCUGCAGGUAAUAUAUCACACAAAUAUUUUGAUUAAAAUGGACAUUCGCAGUGACUCCUGAAUCAGCUAACUUGCUAGUAGCUAAGUUAGCUGAUGUAGUUGAAAGAAUGACGAUGACUAGCUAACGCAUUGUAGCUUGCUAGAAGUCAAACCGUUCUGAUUUGUAACGAUAACGUUAUCCCUUUGAUUACUACAACAAACUAUUUGUGAAACGUUGACCUAACUCGUUAAUAUUUGUCAUAAAUGCCAUGGCUUUGACUAAAGCCACACAGCUCUGUGUUGUAUAGAAUGUAAAACAUUUUUCUUGGCUUGGGCAAUGGUUGCCGUGGAAAGAAAGGCACGUUAACACGAGGCUCUAAUGAAGAGGCAUGGCACCAAGUAGGGGGUGUAGGGAUGUAGUUAGGGAUAAUCCACCCAAAACCACGUAUUCCUAUGAUUUACAGUGUGAAGUAACACAAAUGUGAGAACAAUAUUUUUUUGUGAACAAUAUUUUAAAAUGUUAAUCAAGUUGCUAGCAGCAUGUGAAAAUCUCUAUGGCAGGUGUGAGCAAUAAUUGUCUAGAGGGCCACACGGGGAUUCAAAAAUUCAGCAGAGGGCGGCACAGAUGUUGUUUUUGUUGGAACAAUUCUAUUUUUUUUACUCAAACCUGCCCGCCAGAUUGAAUGUGCUUGCGGGCGGUUUGUUGCCGAGACAGCAGGUAGUUGGCGCUAGAUCUGCACUAUCAUCUAGGAUUGUGCAUUCCCGGUAAUACACUUGUAACCCCUGUGGACCGGCUCAUACAUAAAGCAUCCUUCAUUCAGGCUUCAAGGCAUAAUUUCCCUCCUUAACCAUCUAAUGGCGAACCGCGGGGGGAAAGGGGAAAAAUGCGUAUCGCCUUAAUUAAACACAAUUGCUUACCAUCUUCAGGCAAGGGUGUGCAAUAGCCUAAAUUGUCUGAAAAUGGUGGGGAAAUUGUUUUAAGAUGGUACACAUUUUCCCAGUUUUUUUUCUCCAUCUGCUCGCAAUUAAAGCUGGUUAAAGAGGAAAAUUAUGCCUUUGCAGCCUGAACUGAGGAUGCUUUAUGUACGAGUCGGUCCACGUGGGACACUGGCGUAUGACCGGAAUGCACAUAAAUCCUAGUAGACAUUGCAGAUUUAGCGCCUCCUAUCGGCUGCCUAUGCUGUUGCCCAACCCUGCUCUAUGGGCUGGCUAUCUUGCUUGUUAGCUAAUGUAGCUACACACAAUAAUAUCCGCAUGUGAAGUAGCCAUUUAGUGCAGUUCGUAUAGACGAUUUUACAGCUAUCACCAUAUUCAACAUGCAGAUCAUGUGCCUGGCAGUGGAGUUUGCCAUUUGCAACUGCCCUUUGGCCACACAAACGCGACUUUCUCCCCUCCGCGUGUUAGAGCACCAUUGAGUAGGGGGAGGGGAGAAAAUCGCAUUCCGUGAUGGGAUUUGAAGGGAAAACGGAGUUGAAUAAUUUGAUCCACUGAUUACUUUGAGCACAUCUAAGUGAAAAAUAUACAUUGUCAUGAUGAUAUAGACGAGUGGAUGCUUUCUAGACAAGUAUAUCCAUGCCAUCUAUUGGCUGAUUUGACGAUCGGAAGUGCAGGUCAUUGUUUUUAAAGCGUUAUGAAAUGUUAGUGUGUUAUUCCCGAUCUCAAGUGACGAGAACCUUAAAGGUAUGAUGAGUUCCAAUAGUCCAUGUUACCCAUGAGUGGUAACAUGGACUAUCUUCAAAUUGACAUUAGGUGAAUAUCUGGGGGUGGAUCUUUCCCCAACAACAUACAAAUUGUAAAGCUUAUGGAAGGCUGCGUCCCCAUUUGGGAUUUUUUUUCUUCCACCAGGUGUUAGCCAGUCAGUGACGUCAGGUUGGCUUGCUGUUUUGUUUGGAACUGUAGCUAGUUGGCUAACGUUAUAUGAAAUGGGGCUGCUUAUUUGUUAGUGCUGUAAAAAUGUGUAGUUAGCUAGUCAGUUUUGUAAAAUAUGAUUGUUUACAGCUGGAUUCCUGAGUUUCUGGCAGAUAUUUGAAAUUGAUAGUAGACACCAGCUAUCUUGCACAUCUGCAAUGUGAUGUCUGCAGCAAAAAGUUACUGUACAAUUCUGUAGGCAGGAAAUUGUUACAUAUGUUGGAACCUCUGCCAGCAACUUCAAGGCUACUGUAAUGGUAGUCAGAAACUGAGCAUUGUCUAGGAUGUCCGGUUGGCCUGUCUUUUUAUUAUAAAAAUGUGGUUUCUGUAUUAAGUGUCAGACCCAGAUUAUAAAUGGCUUCAUCCUGCUGCAGUGCCAGUUAACUACUUUAUUACAGCUUGCCUCUCCCCCAGUGCCAAUUUCUACCAGACAGUUCACCACUACAUGUCUCUCAAACUAAACAUGAACGUGCAUUACAAGUUUAGAUGUUUUAGGGACAAAUUUGUAUUCUACAGUCUGAUCAGCCACUUUUUGUCUAUGAUGUCAAAUGAAUGGUGUGUGUCUGAUUCUUGAGACUCGCCCUAACUUCCCCAUUGCACCCAAUCAUAACGAUUACUGCAUCAGGGUUGAAGACUAAAGGCCAGCUUGUAAUUUUCAGUAGGAUUUUUAUCAGGCAUGUUUGCCAGUUCUGAGGCUUUCAUAAUUAUAAGGAUGUCUAUCUGGUAAGCAGAGCUCAGUUUUCCCCAUUAUGUAUUGGGAUGCUGGCGGUUGUGCAAAGUCUCUAAUCCCUACAGCAUGUCACUGUUGGGUGUCACACAACUGUCUCAGUUCUAUGCCAGUUGUCUUUGUGUGAGGAAAUGAGGGAGCUAAAGUGUCUGGAUCAGUUGGCUUUUAUCUUAUGACUCCAGGAUGUUCUCUAGUAGGGCAUUGCUCAGAUGUUGCUACUUACAUUUUUCUACACUUGGAUUUGACCGAGCUCUGCUAAUUACUUGUGAAUUAUGAACAUUUCACGAAGCACUUGCACUAUGCGUUUAUGAUCAAUCUUUAACAAUGAUACAGUGAUUUACUAAAAGUAAAAACCCAUGUAUUCCUGUCUGUAGAGAUCGAAAGGAUUCAGAAAGGAGAGUCCAAGAAAGAGACCGAAAGAGAAACGUACUUGGACCUGUUUACCACAAAGAACAUCAAGGUCAAGGAACGUGUGCUUAUUCCCGUCAAGCAGUACCCAAGAGUGAGUAACGUUUUCUCUUGGUCUCCAUCGAAAGAGUCCUUAUAAUUACUUUUUUGUUGUGUCCAAUUUUUAGCCUAACUUCUGAACGAUUUAUGAUAGAAACAUGCAGUUUGGGCCAUUGCUUUUAAAAUGUGAUUACUUUUACUUUGGGGGGGACAUUUACCAAGUUCAAAGCAUACAUUAUAAUUGAACAACACCUUACUGCAGGGAUCAACUAGAUUAAGCCGGAGACCAAUUUUAUUUUAUUUAGCAGAUUUAUAAUUAAACAUUUGUAGACAGCAAGAAGUCAAAAUUGAUAUAAUAUUGGACUAAACCAUUAUAUGGUCACAUACACUCAGUGACCAGUUUAUUAGGUACACCCAUCUAGUACUAGGUAGGAUCUCCCUUUGCCCCCAGAACAGCUGGAAUUGUUUGAGGCAUGGAAACGCUAAAGGGACCUAGCGUGUGCCAGGAAAACAUUUCCUACACCACCGCCACCAGCCUGUACCGUUGACACCAGGCAGGAUGGGGCCAUUGACUCAUGCUCAGUUGUCCAGUGUUGGUGAUCGCAUGCCCACUGGAGCCGCUUCUUGUUUUUAGCUGAUAGGAGUGGAACCCGGUGUGGUCGUCUGCUGCAAUAGCCCAUCCGUGACAAGGACCGACGAGUUGUGCGUUCCGAGAUGCCAUUCUGCACACCACUUUUGUACUGCACUGUUUGUGGCCAGCCUGUUAGCGUGCAGGAUUCUUACCAUUCUCCUUCGACCUCUCAUCAACAAGCUGUUUUCGCCCACAGGACUGCCGCUGACUGGAUGUUUUUUUCACCUUUCUCGGUAAACCCUAGACAAGGUCGUACAUGAAGAUCCCAGGAGGCUGGACGUUUCUGAGAUGCUGGAACUGGCGCACAUGGCACCGACGAUUAUACAACAGUCAAAGUCUCUUAGGUCACUCAAUUUGCCCAUUCUAACGUUCAAUAGAACAGUAACUGGAUGCCUGUCUGCCUGCUUUAGGAGCGACCCAUUUUCAUGAAUGGGGUGGUGUACCUUAUAAACUGGCCACUGAGUGUUCACCCUCUAUUAUGCGUGGGAAUACUUUGGAACAGAAUUUCAAAAUUAAAAUCAUUUGAAAGGCCAAAUAAAAUUGUCUGCCAGUUGGGGCCUUGCCCUACUUCAUGUCUGGCUCUCCUUUACUGUCAAGGGACUCGCGUCACUGACAUGGAACGAACACAACUUCCACCCCUCAGGGUUUUCAGUGACCUUAACUUUUUAAUUUCAGCGGAGUGAAGUUGGAAUGGCAUGUCACAGUGCUCAUUCUGACAUGCAGAGUAAAGACGUCCGCAUGCUUCCCAUCCGGAAUGUUGUGCAUAUAUUAUGACUACAUUUAGUUAAGUUUUGGUCUUCGGCAAGGGUUAUUUCAGUUUUUUUUUUUUUUUUUUUUUUUUUUGGUCUCUUCGUUGGUGAUUGGUCAAGUGUCAUUCAUGCAAAUUUUCACUGGAGAAAUACUGCACCAAACAUCUUAGUUGGAUGUAAAAUUGCGUGGCUAAGAGCUCUUCUGCAAAAAUGUCUAAUGACUAAUUUCUUGAGUUAUCUUAAAUUAAUUCAGACUCUUGAGGAUGUGUAUACUGGCUAUGGCGUCUCAAGAUGGACAAACUGUACUAUUGUCGUUUUGCAAGCACGCUCGUUCAGGUCACCUAGCAGAGUUCGGCUAGGUGCCAGCCGAACCGACUCAUGCUCAAGGUUUAAGACCCCCAUAUAAAUUAAUACUAAAUAGCCCACAUAAAUGGCCAAUAAUUGCAGAAAGUGCACUGUUGGUAUGACCAUAUCAGAUAAUUGAAAUUCAUUCCUCUUAAGUGCUGAAACUGAGCUCUCAUAUUUACCGCCAUUAAACAUGGACAGAGCUCAGUCUCCUGGGCAGGUUCUCACCCUCUUUUUCCUGCAUGAUUUAAGGGAAAACGGUUGAGGAGAAACCAAAUGGUCCUAGCAGUCACGCUAGAGUGCCUGAGGGACGAAUGAAUCUAUGAAUGUUAGCUGCUCUGGCCUGGUUUGCCCCCUGCUGCAGCAGACUGACUGGCUCGGACAUGCUUGCCUGUCUAAUGCAGUCUGUCCCUGCUCUCCCUUAGACGGGACGGGAAAGACGUGCAUCACGCUACAGGUUGGAUAGGCUGUGAUAUGGUGUAUUCCACAGCCUAGCAACAUGUACAUAUUACUUCAACAAGCCGGUGCCCCCACACAUUGACUCUGCACCGGUACCCCCCUGUAUAUAUAGCCUCCCUCCUGUUAUUUUAUUUACUUCUGUUCUUUUUUUCUCAACACUUUUGUUUUAUUUUACUUUUUUAUAAUAAAAAAAAAAAAAUGCACUGUUGGUUAAGGGCUGUAAGUAAGCAUUUCACUGUAAUGUCUGUACCUGUUGUAUUAGGCGCAUGUGGCCAAUAAAAUUUGACUUGAUAUAUUAUGGAUCAAUAUCCCUGAUGAAUAAAACAAUCUGCACCAACAACAGAGGCUGUUAACGUAAUAUCAAUGUUAUUUUUUUUCAAAUUCUUUCUACAGUUCAACUUCGUUGGUAAGAUUCUGGGACCCCAGGGGAACACUAUCAAGCGACUCCAGGAGGAGACCGGAGCAAAGAUCUCAGUGUUGGGCAAAGGUUCCAUGAGGGACAAGGCAAAGGUAAGAAUGGCGAGAGGCGCUGACCGGGUACAUGUGAAGAGUCCCUUUGAAUCAAACUUUGCAGCAAUCGGAUGUGUAAUGGGGAAAUUUACAGAACAGCAUCAGACUUAAUUUAAGCAAUAAGGCCCGGGGAGGGGGUGUGGUAUAUGGCCAAUAUACACUGCUCAAAAAAAUAAAGGGAACACUUAAACAACACAAUGUAACUCCAAGUCAAUCACACUUCUGUGAAAUCAAACUGUCCACUUAGGAAGCAACACUGAUUGACAAUAAAUUUCACAUGCUGUUGUGCAAAUGGAAUAGACAACAGGUGGAAAUUAUAGGCAAUUAGCAAGACACCCCCAAUAAAGAAGUGGUUAUGCAGGUGGUGACCACAUACCACUUCUCAGUUCCUAUGCUUCCUGGCUGAUGUUUUGGUCACUUUUGAAUGCUGGCGGUGCUUUCACUCUAGUGGUAGCAUGAGACGGAGUCUACAACCCACACAAGUGGCUCAGGUAGUGCAGCUCAUCCAGGAUGGCACAUCAAUGCGAGCUGUGGCAAGAAGGUUUGCUGUGUCUGUCAGCGUAGUAUCCAGAGCAUGGAGGCGCUACCAGGAGACAGGCCAGUACAUCAGGAGAUGUGGAGGAGGCCGUAGGAGGGCAAAAACCCAGCAGCAGGACUGCUACCUCCGCCUUUGUGCUAGGAGGAGCACUGCCAGAGCCCUGCAAAAUGACCUCCAGCAGGCCACAAAUGUGCAUGUGUCUGCUCAAAUGGUCAGAAACAGACUCCAUGAGGGUGGUAUGAGGGCCCGACGUCCACAGGUGGGGGUUGUGCUUACAGCCCAACACCGUGCAGGACGUUUGGCAUUUGCCAGAGAACACCAAGAUUGGCAAAUUCGCCGCUGGCGCCCUGUGCUCUUCACAGAUGAAAGCAGGUUCACACUGAGCACGUGACAGACGUGACAGAGUCUGGAGACGCCGUGGAGAACGUUCUGCUGCCUGCAACAUCCUCCAGCAUGACCGGUUUGGCGGUGGGUCAGUCGUGGUGUGGGGUGGCAUUUCUUUGGGGGGCCGCACAGCCCUCCAUGUGCUCGCCAGAGGUAGCCUGACUGCCAUUAGGUACCGAGAUGAGAUCCUCAGACCCCUUGUGAGACCAUAUGCUGGUGCGGUUGGCCCUGGGUUCCUCCUAAUGCAAGACAAUGCUAGACCUCAUGUGGCUGGAGUGUGUCAGCAGUUCCUGCAAGAGGAAGGCAUUGAUGCUAUGGACUGGCCCGCCUGUUCCCCAGACCUGAAUCCAAUUGAGCACAUCUGGGACAUCAUGUCUCGCUCCAUCCACCAACGCCACGUUGCACCACAGACUGUCCAGGAGUUGGCGGAUGCUUUAGUCCAGGUCUGGGAGGAGAUCCCUCAGGAGACCAUAUGCCACCUCAUCAGGAGCAUGGCCAGGCGUUGUAGGGAGGUCAUACAGGCACGUGGAGGCCACACACACUACUGAGCCUCAUUUUGACUUGUUUUAAGGACAUUACAUCAAAGUUGGAUCAGCCUGUAGUGUGGUUUUCCACUUUAAUUUUGAGGGUGACUCCAAAUCCAGACCUCCAUGGGUUGAUAAAUUUGAUUUCCAUUGAUCAUUUUUGUGUGAUUUUGUUGUCAGCACAUUCAACUAUGUAAAGAAAAAAGUAUUUAAGAUUAUUUCAUUCAGAUCUAGGAUGUGUUGUUUAAGUGUUCCCUUUAUUUUUUUGAGCAGUGUACUACGGCGAAGGGCUGUUCUUAUGCACGUGGUAUAGUCCUUAGCCGUGGUAUUUGCCGCCUACCACAAACCCCCAAGGUGCAUUAUUGCUAUUAUAAACUGGUUACCAAUGUAAUUGGAGCAGUAAAAAUAAAUGUUUUUGUCAUACCCGUGAUAUACGGUCUGCUAUACCAUGGCUAUCAGCAUUCAGGGCUUGAACCACCCAGUUUAUAAUGUAAUUUUUACAUUGUGAAUUUCAGGAGGAAGAGCUGAGAAAGGGUGGUGAGCCCAAAUAUGCUCAUCUGGGCAUGGAACUGCAUGUCUUCAUAGAGGUGUUUGCCCCCAUACCUGAGGCAUACCUGCGCAUGGCUCAUGCCAUGGACGAGGUCAAGAAGUUCCUCAUCCCUGUAAGUAUCCCAGAGAGCAUCCUGCUUCAGCCACAGACAGUUAAAGUUGUGAUCUAUGGGUCGAUCUAUGAUGGCUUAGCAAUGGCCCAAGAUUUUCUAAUGUUCUAAUCAUGGACCUGCCAUGUUAAUGUAGCUACUAUUUUCUUUAUUUAUAAGCAGGACACCAUGGAUGGUAUCUGCCAGGAUCAGUUCAUGGAGAUUGGCUACCUAAAUGGAGGUCAGGACUCACAAUCCAGGGGAAGAGGGGGCCCUCCGGGCAGGGGUAGGGGAGCACCCCCACCCAACUCUGCAGGAGCCAGGUAGGAUUCUGUGCCUUUGACGUCCCCGUAAUUUUCAAGACCAAAAUACUUCAGAAUCUUCCCAGUUUAAAUGUACAAAUAUUGUAUUUUUCUUCAGGGGGCGAGGAAUGCCACCUCGUGGAGGAGCCCCUCGUGGUGGAGCUUCCCGAGGAGGGCCACCCAGGGGUGGGUCGGCCAGAGGGGCUCCAGCUGGUCGGGGUGGACCCCCCUCCACACCUGCUAGAGGAGGCACAGCACAACGUUCCAGACCCCCCACCCCAGGGACGCAAAGGAUGCUCCCGUCCCCAGCCCACUCCCACCAGCAACAUCAGCACCAACACGCACCACCACCCAAGGCUGAGGCCUACGAUGAAUAUGUACGUCAAACCACUCAAUUGUUAAGUCAUUGGGUUGUGCACCUAGUUUCUUUCAGAACUAAAGAGGAGCUGUCAGUUUAAGGUCUUUAUUUAUUGUAGGUCUAUUUAUCAUGGGAGACAUGUCACCUCUUCAUUCAUGGUUAUCUGCCAAUGAUUUAUAUGUACACUAGAUCACUGAUAAGGGGCGCUAUGGUGGAGUAACCGUGCCUCCAUCUUGUCACUAAACUUGACCAGGGAGUGUCUACAUUCGUUUUACAUAAAAUUAUAAAUCCUUAAAGUAUAAUUGAGAUUACUAAUGUUAAAAAUGUAUACAUGUGAUUUUGACUUUGACAAAUGGCUGACCGUUGGCUUCAGUCUCUCAAUGGCCAAUGCAUAGCAUCAGCAAUCCAGGGUUUAUAGAAAUCAUUGGUAUCAGCCCCAUGGAACCUUUCUAGUCCACUUGAGUUGUUUAUUCUGACAGGCCUGUAGCAUUGUAUGUUGUACGUGUACCUUGUCAUUCUGUGGUUAAUGGCUUAUGUUGUCUUUUCCCUAGCCUGCCUAUGAAGAAAGCUAUGCUGAGCCUGCAUAUGAAGGUUAUGACAACUAUUACAGUCAACAACCUCCACAAGCGUAAGUUUCUAUCUCAUAGUGUAAUGGCUGAUUGUGAGUUUAAACAUGAGGUGGCCAAUCCUCAGUAGAAUAUUGUAAUAUCGGACUCUGUUCAGCAUUUGCAUAUGAAUUGUCACUUAAGAUCAAGGUGGUUGGUCUGGAUUCUAACAGGCAUGUAGUGAUUUGUAUUUCAGGGAACCUUUUGUAAUUAAACUGAUAUGUUGUACCACAUUUUCAACAGUGUAUGCUGUAGGGGCCCAGACAUUUCCCUUCACAAUAUUAAAUGUAGUCAGACUGUCUGACAUCCUCUUCUCUUCUCAGGGACACAGAGUACUAUGACUAUGGACAUGGAGAGGCUCAGGAGGCCUAUGAACCAUAUGGUAAGAUGAUAGUAAAUUAAUGGUGGUGAAAGAAGUUAGGACAACCAACACAUUCUUAUUUUCACAUACAUUCUCAGAUAUUGAAAAUGACAUUAUUGGGCCAAACCGGUCUUGUGUCAAUGUGUUGUACUUUUAUGCUGUGAGUGAAUUGACCACCGCUCUUUAUCCUCACACUGCAUGUAUCCAAGCAUUGACCUUUGUGUGUAUUUUCUCUCGUAGCCCAGGACGAUUGGGAGGGUUCGUGGCCUGCCACUGGAGGCAAAGCCCCUCCUGCGAGGCAGGAUAAGCGGGGGUCCUACAGAGAGCAUCCAUACGGAAGAUACUGAACGGCCUCCGGUAGAGGGUUGCCCUGGCAACUGUCUCCCGUUGUAACUCGCUUUUAAUUCUCAGAAGUAAAUUUCCUCUAUGUUCAUUUUACUUUUCUUUUUUUUAUGGUUUGAGAGCAGGACAAUUGGAUGUAUUGCAUCGAGUGGGCGUAGCAAGCAAAUGCAAGGAUUUUGAUAAUACGUUUUCAUUCAAUGUUUGUUUCCACUGCAUCAUUGAGUUUUAAGAUCUAAUUUAAUGGGUACUUGGAGAUUUUAAAAAAACGUGAUACAUUGUGUAGUUUUAUGUUCAAAAAUGUUAUUUCAGUUUGUCUGUCUUCAUGAGAGGAUUCAGUGGCAGUUGCAGACUCCCAUUUAGGCUGCAUUUCAAAAGUCUUUUUAGCUAAUAAACUUGAUUAAUGACAAUGUAACAUCGGCAACUUAGAUUGAAUGGGGAAUAACCUAAAUAAUUUUCUGGACAAAUAAUUUUUGUAGAAUCUAAAAUUCCAUAGGUUUCAAUGUUUUUUUUAAUUUCUUAUAGAGUUUUGAAAUCUAGCCUUAUUAGACACUUGAGACGGUCUGUCCUAAAAUAUCUCCAAGUCAUUUCAAUUUGACUUGAUUGUAUAGUACAUUCUACUUUAGAUAACUUUUGCGAUUGGCUUACUUUUAUCUACAUCUUAUUGGGCUGACUGAUGGAAAUUCUGGUAAAUUACUCUUUGUUAGGUGUCCUACAAAGAUUUGGGAAAACUGCAGCCAACUCAAUAUUAUGUACAUAAACUAAGGACAAUUGUAUAUUGCUAUCUAAAGUUGUGCAGUCUCCAAAAUGCAUAGUGCUACGUGUGUAAUCUUGCCUAAAUAGGAUACUAAAUAUAUCCACAAAUGUUUUGCUGCAGUGCGUUGUAUCAAUAAAGCCUAAUUUGUUUUGUUUUUUUAUCUAACUAAACCUGGUAUUUUGCUUUUGUUGUAUAGUAAUGCCUUCCACUAAUAAAACUGGUCCUCAUUUUGAGGUUCUUCACAAAACUCCAAAACAAUCACCAGAUUAUUGUAUGUACAUAGGAGACAAAAGCAACCAAAAAGAACGUCUGCUCUAUUUUUGAUAAAGAGCACAUCCUCUUCAUCUCUCUCUCUCUAUUAAAAAGGAUCUAGAAGAGACCCAUUAUGUCACGUAAAAUAACGAUGGUACCUUAAGGUAAUGUAUUUCCAAAUACUUCGCUUGACAAUGAUAUAGUGCCUGGACUUGUAUUAUUUGAAGUCGAUUGUUACGACAGCACAUUUCCUCAAGCUUCCCAAUGAGCCAUGUCUUUUUAGUCAUUUGAAAUAACUGAUUUUCAACAGUAUUUCAAGUCAAGCUUGCAGGAAUCUUACUUGACUUUGAUGCAAAGUCAUGCUGGCUGGUUUUAUUAAAGAAAAAUAUCGCAGGGGAGAGGAUGCUAAAAGCCUAAAGAUCACAUCAAGAAGGUAAAAUGAACCCCAACUGUCAUUUGUUAGAUUUUUUGUCUUAUGCACAAAAUGCUAGAACCUGCUAGUCAUCCAAAACCAGUUGUCCAAAAAUGCAUACCUUCAUAAUAUGCUAUGAUAACCUGUCUCAAAUAAAAUAGCUGUACAAAAUUAUUAGAAAUGAUUGUAAUGCAACUCUUGCUAAAAUUGAAUACACAGUUUAUGGUCCAAUCAGUUCAACUGCCCUCCCUGGCAUUUUUGUUUGGUAUUGUUUUAGAAUAAUGUUAAAAGUCAUGGUUACAAAAAAUACCUAAAACCUCAGCUUGAGUUGCAUGACUUUUGCAGUGAAAUGUUAGUCUUGCAUGAAUGAUCGUGUUCAACUUCAAGUACAUGUUAGUUGUCAACAGCACUUGCACAAGGGUCUCAUUGUAUUUCUGUCCCCAGGUAUUCCGAAUAAGUCCCUCUCUGGGUUUGAGAAAGGCAUCGGACUUGAGCUGAAUAAAGUCCUCAUGGUAAGUCAUCCAUUACUAUUCAGCAAUGUCAUGGAAUUUAACAAGGCUAAAGCUGCUUCACUAUUUUUGGUUUUACUAUUACUUAAAUUGAGGAAAACCGAUGAAACCAUGAGUGAACAAAGUUUGCCAUCUCCACCUGAGUAUUCCUCAUUUUGCGUGUGCUUGUUGAAUUUUGCCAGAAAGCUAGUCCUCUUCACAACCAACUGCAAUGUUUUGUGAAUGGACCCUCAGGCUGACUUGUCAAGGUCUUUACCAGCUGUAGUAGAAAAUCAAACCAGUGUUGUGACAAAGUACUCACUGCUAGACAAAACUCAGGAAGAAGGGUGGGAAUGUUGGUGUUUUCCAAUUACGUUAUCAAUGUUUCCCUCAUUCUCAAUCUGUCACACUUAGGGAAGUGUUUUUGUUUUAGUUGCUCAACAGGGUGACUUGUGAAUUGUUAUCAUUUCAACAGGUAUAAUCCAGUGAAAGGCCUUGAAGACUGCACAGGUGACUUAAGGAGCCUGGCAGCCCCAUGUUUUGUUGGGGGUUUAACUGUCAGGAUUGCCACAAGGCUUUUCUUUCACUCAAGAUAUGACCAUCAGUUUGCUAGAAAUUAGGACGUGUGUGUGCUCACUCCAUCACUUAUGGAUAAUGGCACUCCCUGGAAUACGGCUGCUUAAUGUCUGCAAGUCUCCAGAGAAAGAAUGAGGCCUACAGUGCAUUCAACUUGAGAGGAUGAAGUAAAUGCACUGGUUCCCGACCAAGCAGCUUGGAGUACAAGGAACUAAGUUGGCGUAUUCUUGGAAAUGAUGCAGAUAAUUAUAUUGCUAGAAGCCACACACAGCAAUAUUAAAACUGAUCUACCCCCUAAAAUGUUUUUUAAAGCUGUGAAUGGACUCUCAGGCUGACUUGUCAAGGUCUGCUACAUUUCCUUUAAUAUUACGUUUUUCUAUUAGCUCGUUUUACAUUUUCAAUGUACAUUUUGUGUGGUUGUAAAAUUGUAGUUGCCACAGGUCUUGAAUGCUUUCUGUGCAGAAUAACUUUAAUUUCUUAAAUAAAUCCCAGUAUCCUGAUUA